CAGUGUAUUAGAGAGGUUCAUAGAAUAAGCUGUAUGCCGAUGACUAUUUAGUAUUAAUAUCGUUUACAUGCUAACUUCCGCAUUUAUGUACCAAUUCCGAUAUUCCGAUUCAAUGUAAAACUAAGUUAAGCUAAUAUAUUAUGAUAAGGAUAUUGAAAAGAGCGGAGAACGGUCACACUGCGAUAUAAGAGAGCUAGCGAGCACAUGUGUAAAUUUAAGCCAAUAUAAAACAGACAAAUAAAAAGUGAAACAGAACGGCAAUAACAACUUCAGAAGUGGGAUUGACACCUUUUUAAACACCCGCCUACAUUUCUGGUUAUCUGAGGACACACAGUUUUUUUUUCUGAAAUGGACAAGAAACAAAUUGUUGAGUGGCUACAAGCCAGUGAAAUCUUGUUCCCAGCAAGUGCAACUUUAAGGCAAUUGCGCAAGCUUGCGUUGGAUGCCGGUUGCCAAGAAGCGGCUGAUAUCCCGGAAAACACAUUGGAGGAAGAAGACGCCAAAAUUGAUAUACUAAGUCAAGGAACCGCUAGCGAAGACAUACACAUACACACAUUGGAAGAAGAAGAAGCAUUGCUUGACGCCGCCAUAAGGGUGGCUGAAAAGAAAAAGAUAUUGGCCGGAUUGAUGCAAAACAACAACAAGACGACAGAUGACAUUAGAAUGGUAAAGCAGCUCAUGGUCCCGUUUUCUGCCACUGAAAAUGAGGAAGCUCUUAAGUGGAUUUUGGAUUUUGAGAGAAUCUGCAGAGAUGUUAAUGAGUGUAAAAAUUUUCAAUUGCGCUGCGUACGAAUGCUUAUGAAACCGGGCACAGAUGCGGACUUGUUUGUGCGUGUUGACCGAUCGAGUACUUACGACGAAUUUAAGAAAAGCUUUAUAGAAACAUUUGGUCAUGGCAGUUCAACUGCUGAUAUUGUAUUGCUGUUAAAGGAAACCAUUUUUAACCCUGCGAAGAACACCGUUAUGGGAUACAUACUUCUUAUGGAGGAAAUUGCUAUGCGUGCUAACAUCGACGAAAAAUUGACAGUCCAGUUCAUCAUUGAUGGUUUUCGUGAUCGUUCAGCCAAUAUCGCCCUAUUGUACACAGCUACAACAAUCGGACAAUUGAAAGAGUUGGCUCGGAAGUAUGCAAGUCUAAGUAAGAAGUCGCACAAUUUUUCCCACCGUGCAGAAAGUUCUGGAAAUGAGCGGAACACAAUCCGCUGCUAUAAUUGUUCCGCUUAUGGGCAUUACGCUUCGUCGUGUACUGCGUCGAAACGCGAGAAGGGGUCCUGUUUCCGUUGUGGAUCCCUCCAACAUAUGCUGAAGGAUUGUCAACAGAAGCCUACAAUUAAUCCGCGGAUGGUGGGCGCAGCCAACAACCAGCCGAUUCGAGAUGACGAAGAGGGGCACAAUAUGUUUAUUCCGAUUGUUAACCAGCGCCAUUAAUUUAAUUCAGCACGCUGCGAUUCCUUAUAGUAACUUUAGCGAUGUAUUGUUUCCGACGGACUACUGUGGAGUUAAUGGAUUUAAAAUUAAAACUUUCGGGAAAAUAUUUGUUAGACUUAUUUUUCAAAACAGAGAAGAAGAAAUUUCAUUUUUUGUUGUACCCAACAACUAUGUUGCAACUAAUGUUCUUUUAGGACGUAAGUUUUUGGAAAAAUUUGGAAUAAAAUUGAUUUUUAAGGAUAAGAUAAAAGAAAUUGUAGAAUUGCAUUUAUUUAAGAAUAUUGAAGCAUAUCGAGACAGUGAACCAUUGAAGAGUUUAGUGAAUAUUGAAGCAUAUCGAGACAGUGAAUCAUUGAAUAGAUUGAACAUUGACAGUGAACCAUUGAAGAGUUUAGUGAAUAUUGAAACAUAUCGAGACAGUGACCCAUUGAAAAGCAGUAGAAGAUUUGAAGAAUUAUGUAAUGAGAGUAAAAUAGAUAGUAAUGAUAGCAUACCAUACAUAUAUAGUAUUGAUGUAUUUAAGGAUGAUGAAAGUAUUGACAUUGACCCGAAGUUAAGCGAUAAGGAUAGGUGCGAACUAAAUGAAAUAAUAAGAUUAAAUUACUUAAAUUUAUCCAACAUCCCAGCUAUCCAACAUAGCUAUGAAAUGAGACUAAGACUUAAGUCGGAAGAGCCUGUACGAUCUGUACCAAGAAGACUUUCAUAUCAGGAAAAGAAAGAAGUAGAUUUAAAAAUUGAUGAGUUAUUGAAAAAGGGAUUCAUAAGAGAAAGCAAUUCGCCCUAUAGUUCCGCUAUUGUACUUGUUAAGAAAAAAUCCGGAGAAAAGCGUAUGUGUGUAGACUAUAGACAACUUAAUAAGAUAACCAUUCGUGAUGGAUACCCGCUUCCCCUCAUAGAUGACUGCUUAGAAAGAUUAGAAGGAAACAAAUAUUUCACACUUUUAGAUUUGAAAAGUGGAUACCACCAAGUGAAAGUAGCAGAAAGUUCAGUGCAGUAUACAGCUUUUGUAACACCCUCCGGUCAAUAUGAAUACACAAGAAUGCCUUUCGGACUCAUGAAUGCACCCGCAGUAUUCAUGAGAUUUAUUAACUUUAUUCUGCAACCUUUGAUUCGCGAAGGAAAUGUAGUAGUCUAUAUCGACGAUAUUGCUAUAGGUUCGAAGACAUUGAAUGAACAUUUUACGACGGUAGGAAGAGUUUUACGAAUUUUAGCAGAGUACCGAUUGGAAAUUAAGGUAAGCAAAUGCCAGUUCGCUUACGAAAGCAUUGAAUUUUUAGGGUACACACUUAGUGGAAAAGGAAUCAGUCCAAAUUAUGAGCACACAUCAACUAUUAAACAUCUUCCGAUACCAAAAGAUCGCCACGGAAUGCAAAAAUGCUUAGGAUUAUUUUCGUACUUUAGGAGAUUUAUUCCGGCAUAUUCAAAAAUAGCGAAACCAUUGCAAGAGCUCACAAAAGUAGGCGCUAAGUAUGAACUCAGUGAAGAUUGCAUCAAUAUUUUUGAAUAUCUUCGGGAGAAAUUAAUUUCAUUUCCUAUACUAUCUUUGUACAACCCGAACCGAGAAACUGAAUUGCAUUGCGACGCAAGUAGCGAGGGAUUUGGUGGAAUCUUAUUGCAAAAACAGGAUGAUAGCAAGUUCCACCCAAUAGCCUACUUUUCACAAAGAGCAACAAAAUUAGAGGCAAGAUAUGAAAGCUUCAAAUUGGAAACUUUAGCUGUAGUCUACUCAUUACGAAAAUUUAGAAUAUACCUAGAAGGAAUUCCAUUUAAUAUAGUGACAGAUUGUAAUGCAGUAGUAUUAUGUUUAGGAAAAGGACGCCUUAAUUCAAGUAUUGCCAGAUGGGCUUUAGAGUUGGCCAAUUAUAAUUAUACCCUUAAGCAUCGUAGUGGAAAAUAUAUGACACAUGUUGAUACAUUGAGUAGAUACCCUUCAGCCUUAAAUGAGAAUUUUGAAUAUGAACCUGUAGUGAAUAUUCAGGGAAGAGACAACAAAGAUCAAAUAGUUUCAGUAAUUGACAGUGACGACAUUAAUCUUCAGCUUCAGAUAACGCAAAAUAGGGAUAGUAUUAUAGUAAAAUUGAAAGAACAAUUAGAACUUGGAAUUGUGAAGAACUUUAUAUUGAAUGAUGGAAUUGUUUAUAGAUUAGGUGAGAAUGAUAUUGAACUGUUAUAUGUACCAGCUGAAAUGGAAUCCCAUAUAAUUAGAAGAGUUCAUGAAAAUUUAUGCCAUUUAGGUACAGAGAAAUGUUUAAAGGAAAUAAUGAGACAUUAUUGGUUUCCGAACAUGAAAUCUAAAAUAGAAGCAUUUAUUGGAAAUUGUUUAAACUGUAUCAUGUUUACGGUACCCACACAUGCGAAUAAUCGAACACUACAUAAUAUACCCAAGCGACCAAUUCCUUUUGAUACAUUACAUAUAGAUCAUUUUGGACCAUUGCCCUCAGUCAUAUCGAAAAAGAAACAUUUGUUAGUAAUUAUUGAUGGAUUUACCAAAUUCGUUAAAUUGUUUCCGGUAAAUUCAACGAGUACGAAAGAAGUUAACAUUUGUUUUUCGAAAUAUUUUCAAUAUUACAGUCGACCACGUAGAAUCGUAAGUGAUAGAGGUACAUGUUUCACGUCAUUAGAAUUUGCAAAAUUUUUAUUGGAAAAUAAUAUCGAACACGUUAAGGUAGCAACUGCGUCACCUCAGGCGAACGGCCAGGUGGAGAGAGUAAAUAGGACUGUAAAAGCGAUGCUAGCCAAGAUAACUGAACCAAUUAAGCACGAGGAUUGGAGCAAACUCUUAGUUAAGGCCGAAUAUGCCAUUAAUAAUUCAAUGCAUUCAACUACGAAAGAAUUACCCUCAGUGUUGUUAUUUGGAGUUCAGCAGAGAGGUUGUAAUAUUGACGCAUUAACAGAAUACUUAGAUGAUAGAAAUGAUAUACCACAGUGUGAUUUAGUAAAUGUCCGCAAAAACUCUUCAGAUAAAAUUGAACAGUGUCAGAAAAGAAGCAAGGAAUAUUUUCAGAAGAAUCACAAAAAUCAUGUAGAAUUCGCAGAAGGCGAUUUUGUUGUAAUGCGAAACAUUGACACCACAAUUGGUACAAAUAAAAAAUUUGUGCCAAAGUACAAAGGACCAUACAUCGUUAAAAAAGUUUUGCCAAACGAUAGGUAUGUUGUAAGUGAUAUUGAAAAUUGUCAAAUUAGCCAAAUUCCCUAUGAUGGAAUUGUAGAAGCAUGUCGGUUGCGGAAAUGGGCAGAUUGGCGUAAUCAGUGUGAAAGUAACUCCUAAAAUGUUAAUCUAAUACUUAUGUCUAAUUUAUUUAUAACUAACCAACUUUGUGCACAUAUAUAUCAUAACUAUUCUAAUUAGCUUAUACGCACAGAUACAAAACUAGAAACUCACGAUCGAGGACGAUCUAAUUGUCAGGAUGGCCGAGCUGUUAGCAGUGUAUUAGAGAGGUUCAUAGAAUAAGCUGUAUGCCGAUGACUAUUUAGUAUUAAUAUCGUUUACAUGCUAACUUCCGCAUUUAUGUACCAAUUCCGAUAUUCCGAUUCAAUGUAAAACUAAGUUAAGCUAAUAUAUUAUGAUAAGGAUAUUGAAAAGAGCGGAGAACGGUCACACUGCGAUAUAAGAGAGCUAGCGAGCACAUGUGUAAAUUUAAGCCAAUAUAAAACAGACAAAUAAAAAGUGAAACAGAACGGCAAUAACA